UUCUACAAUAUACUUUAAAAUUUACCUUUAGUAGGGUGAAUAUGCAGUGCUUCACACAUUUUAAUGCUAGAUUCUUGUUCUUAUUAUUGUUUUUUCCCUCCUGCCAGGUGCAGCUCAUCCACUAUAACCAUGAGUUGUAUACAAAUGUCACAGAAGCUGCAAAAAGCCCAAAUGGAUUGGUGGUAGUUUCUAUAUUUAUAAAAGUUUCUGAUUCAUCAAACCCAUUUCUUAAUCGAAUGCUCAACAGAGAUACUAUCACAAGAAUAACAUAUAAAAAUGAUGCAUAUUUACUACAGGGACUUAAUAUAGAGGAGCUAUAUCCAGAGACCUCUAGUUUCAUUACUUACGAUGGGUCGAUGACUAUCCCACCCUGCUACGAGACAGCAAGUUGGAUAAUAAUGAACAAACCUGUCUACAUAACGAGGAUGCAGAUGCAUUCCUUACGCCUGCUCAGCCAGAAUCAGCCAUCUCAGAUCUUUCUGAGCAUGAGUGACAACUUCAGGCCUGUCCAGCCACUCAACAACCGCUGUAUCCGCACCAACAUCAACUUCAGUUUACAGGGGAAGGACUGUCCAAACAACCGAGCCCAGAAGCUUCAGUAUAGAGUAAAUGAAUGGCUCCUCAAGUAGGGAAGUAAGCCAAGAAGAAUCCCAUCUCAGCGAAAUGCUACAACAAUGAAUUGAUGUAACCUAGGAUGUCCCCUUCUUUCUUCUCUCUCCUUCCCUCCCUCAAGCCUCAUUCACUCUUUGGAUUGGCCCUUUCUUCAUGAAAAGUGUCUGCAAAAUCAUGGCAGAGGAACACAUCUCUUACACACACACACACACACACACACACACACACAUAUAUGCAAACAUAUUUAUACACUCACACAGUCUCCAAGAUGGGAAGUCAAGUUUCAGAAUCAAAAGGCUCGUUCAUAAGAGGUCUUAGAAGAAAAUAACCAGUUAACCUGAUUACAAUUUUGAUACUGUUUUUCCUGAACUAAUAAAUCUACCCAAUGAGACUUUUCAGCCUUUGUACAUACAAAAUUCUUCCAAAAGAGAGAGAGGAGGAAAAAACAGCUCCGACAGCAUCAAGCGGACUUGGUUCUUUGCACCAAGUAAUCUCAGAUAGUGUCCUAGAUCCUUUGAGGGUGCCGGUGACAGGUGAACUAGGACAAAGUUGGCCAAGGACACUUAUUUCUAGAUUAUGAUUCUUCUGUUUACUCAAUAAUUUAAAAAAAAAAGACAGACAUUGAAGAGAAUUGAAGAGAUACACAUUGUAUAUAUACAUAUAUAUAUCACCGCAGACUAUAAAGAAAUUGAAUUAUUUCCCCUUUGUCACAUAUCUGUAGUAGGAUUUGCCAAGAUCAGAACUGAUCCAUUUGCUGUUUCUUGUUUUCCAAAGGUCAUACAUUGUGUUUGGUUAUUGUUAACAGCUCAAUAAAUGUGUUUAACGAGUUCAUUUUAUUUUUCUGGCUUUGGUCUGUUUUCCUUCCUUACAGGCUAAGCCCUGGCUCCAUGCAACUGCAUUCUUUGAUUUCACUUGUUCCUUCAUCUACAUGUUUUAUUCAUUUGCAGCCAGUUUUUACUGAGUUUGUGGCAAUCAGGAAUGCAUUUGCUAAGCAAGUAUAACUUUAAUUCCACUCCAUGGCUCGAUCAUUCAUACGAGGUGAGCUUCAGCCUGAGAUAGCAGGUGACAGAUUUAUUGCGUUUCAAAACUGCCAUUCUCCCAAUUCCCACCCCCUGUGAUGCUCCCUUGAAGGAAUGCACUUUGCCUUGUAAAUUCCUGGGAAAGGGGUGUCUUUUCUCUCCAGGUGCAGCUGGAUCUCACAAAAUACAAACGAAUGCCUUUCUUUUCUUGUUUAUAAUGGUCACUCACUGUGUUUGGUUACUGUCAAGAAAUCAAUAAAUGUGUUUAACAAGUUA